AUGACGUCGCUAAAGGUUAACCCCGACUUACAGAAAGAAAGAUCAACUUGUACUUUCAAUAUCGAAGAACUUACGAAUUUACUGGACACAGGAGCAGAACACACGGCAAAAAGACGGGCUUUAGAGGAAAAAAUAUUCAACUUAAAGGAAUUGAAAGAUGACGUUCCUGAAGAAUUCUUAAGUCACAAAGACAAAUAUGAGAACGCGAUACGCAAGGCAGUCAUGCUGCAUACCAUUGUACAACGCAAUGAUCCCAUAAAAACCAAUGUUAAUAAUUUUGACAAAUCGAACUUUCGAAGCACUUCAAAUUCGAUUUUUAAAGAUGUCUCGCCCUUUCUGUUACAAUUUUCAAUGUUCGUGCCUACAAUUGUGGGACAGGGCGAUGAGGAGCAGCGUAAAUACUGGUUGGAAAGAGCUUUAAAAAUGGAAAUCAUCGGUACAUAUGCUCAGACAGAACUUGGGCAUGGAACUUUUAUUAGGGGCUUGGAGACCGAAGCAACGUAUGACGAGAAAACAGAAGAGUUUAUUAUGAAUAGUCCCAGUCUUUCGUCAUAUAAAUGGUGGCCUGGUGGAUUGGGUCACACGAGUAACUACUGUAUAGUGAUGGCACAACUGAAAAUAAAGGGAAAAUCAUACGGAAUGAAGCCAUUUGUAGUACAGAUACGUGAUGAAGAGACACAUAUGCCCAUGCCGGGGGUGAAAGUUGGUGAAAUUGGGGCAAAAUUUGCGUUUAACACUGCUAACAACGGUUUCCUUGGGUUUGAUAAUGUUAGAAUUCCCAGGCGACACAUGCUAAUGAGAUUUUCUCAAGUAUUGAAGGAUGGGACAUUUAAAUCAUCAUCCAAUCCAAGACUCGCGUAUGGAACAAUGGUAAUGGUACGUGUGACCAUAGUUAAUACUGCGUGUACCCUGUUGUCCAAAGCUGCAACUAUCGCUAUACGAUACUCCGCUGUGAGACACCAGUCACAGCUCAAAGCCAAUGAACCAGAACCACAGAUUUUAGAUUACGUUACACAGCAACACAAACUGUUCAUCAGUAUAGCAACAAGCCACGCCUACAUGUUCUGCUCCUACUGGUUAUGGGAUCUGUACACAAACUAUCACAAUGAACAAAAUGAUGGCAACUUUGAAAGAUUACCUGAGCUCCACGCUCUAACGUGUGUCCUGAAGGUAAUUAGUUCCACGGACUGCACAGCUCUUGUUGAGAGAUGUCGAAUGUCAUGUGGAGGUCACGGGUACAUGCUCUCAUCAAACCUGCCACAGUUGUAUAGUUUGUCCACUGCUGCGUGCACAUAUGAAGGCGAAAAUACUGUGUUACUUCUGCAAACCGCCAGGGCAUUGGUCAAAGCCUGGGAUCAGGCAUCGCAAGGAAUUGCUCUUAAUCCAACCAUGGCGUAUCUGGCAGACAGGACUCCCGCUGGGCCAUGGGACAGUAGCUUAGAUGGUAUUAUUAAAGCAUUCCAGAAAGUUUCCGUUGGGAAAUUAUCAUCGAGUGUAUCAAGUUUCCACGAAUAUGCAAAAAGCGGCUUGUCUAUGGAAGAUGCAUGGAAUAAAGCUUCCGUCCAGUUGAUUGGCGCUGCUGAGGCUUACGGUCGUGCGGUGGUACUAUCAGUAUACAAAGCAGAGAUUGAGAGAUAUUCGAAGAUUGUGUCACCGUCGCUGAAAGCCGUACUUUCCGAUCUUUUGGAAAUGUACAUCAUUUAUAAGGCGUUGGAAAAGACAGGAGAUUUACUACUGUACACUCAAUUGUCGGAGAAAGAAGUAAAGGCUCUCCAAAGAAGAUAUGAAGACUUACUGGAGAAGAUACGCCCAAAUGCCGUCGGAUUGGUUGACGCAUACGACUACAGAGAUGAAGUAUUACAUUCUACGCUAGGCUCAUAUGACGGCUUUGCCUAUGAGCAUUUGAUGGAAGAAGCAAUGAAGAGUCCACUGAACGCUGAACCUGUGAACCAAAGUUUCCAUAAAUAUUUGAAACCAUUGAUGAAAGGAAAGAUAUAG